AUGUCAAAUUUUCACCCUCUUCACGAACAAUUAUUAUGCGAAUGGAAAUUAAAACUUUCAAAGACAGAAAAUUUAUUUCCAUGUCCAACAUUAAACGGGCUUUUUAAAGAUGAAACUGAAAUUUUUGACAAUCAUGAUGAAUCGGCUAAAUCUUCUUCACAAGAAUUCGUAUGUGAAGUAGAUCCAAAUUUAAUUCAAAAUAUAAGUGCAAAAUUAAGUAUUGGAAAAGCGGAUGAGAUUUUAUCUGAUUUUAACACGUUAAUGAGAUUGCCACAUUCACAACUUAAUAAAAUAUUUAAAGACUUGGAUAUUUCCCAACUUGAUGAUGUUGUAUUGGCUAUCUUAUGCAAUGAAAUCGUUAAGCAUGAAGAUAUUGCAUAUCAAAAUUAUGUUGUAUUUUUUAAAUAUGGAUUAUUAGAAAAGGUGCGACAUAUAAAAUCAAAACCUUCGCGUAAUUUCUUGGCAAAUAUUUCGAAUAUUGCAAAAGCAAAAAGUAAACCGAUGGUUUAUGGUUUAUUAUUGCCUUUAAUUACGGAAUCAGAUAUAUCACAACCUCAAUUAGAAGUGAUUUCUCGUGUAAUCGACAGUGGAUUAAGUGAAGAAUCUAUCGUCGCAUUAUUGACGGAACUAUUUUCAGAAUCCUAUCCUUCGAUCUCUCAAGUUAACAAUUCCACAUCAAAAGAUUCUUUCAACCUCCAAAUAAAAUGGACUCUUUCAACAAUUGAUGUCCUAUUUUCGAUAUUUAGUCAAAAAUUCGAUUUAAAAGAAACAGCUUCCCAGCAUAUUAUUCCAAAAUUUUUACGACACCUAGAUUUCAACAUUGAAUUAUUGCCAGAUGACAAAAAAUUGGGUCAGCUAUUAAUGUUACUUGUCACAAAGCAUUCUAAAGAUUUUAUGGAAAGCCUGGAAGAAAUCAAAGCUAUUGCUGAAAAAAGUAAAUCGUUUAUCAAAAGAGGUGUUUUAGUGCAGAUUACAAAUUUGAUGAAGAAACAAAAUAAAGUUUGA